AUCAGUAGUGGUUAAUGUGAUCAUGUCAAGUAUACGUGCAGAUAUCAACCAUCUGUCGCUCUGUGACAAUGGUAUAAGGUCUACAUUUUGACUAGAAGAAACUGGAUCCAUCUCGCAGUAUGCUACCAAAGUAAUAAACAAGCUACGUUUAACCAAAAUUUUGGAAAAUUGAAUUAAAUUGUGGAAAUUCGUUUUAUCAUGAAAUUCAAUAAGUAUCAGUAUUCUUCAUGCAUUGAUCCCAAUAGAACCAAUAGUUCAUUAAAGGAACAUCCAGAUAUGAAACUAUCCUGUUAUUAUCAACUCCCAAAUCAAAACUUUUUUAAAUGUUUCUGUACAUCCAUUUGUUCUGCAACGAAAAGACUUGAUAUGAAGGGGAGUGUUAUAAGUGAAAAGAUCAGGAGACAUUUUCAAGACACGGACAUUCCAGCUUUAUUAAUCUUUUUAAAAAAACAUCCAGAUAUUAUUCAUAUUAACUUAGCAAAUAACGAUAUCUCAGACACUGGCUUUAUGAAUUUGCUUGAUCAUGUACUUCUAUAUAAAAGCGUAGAGAACCUAGAUCUUCAGAAUAAUAAUAUUACUGAGAAGGGAACUAAUUAUUUAUUGGCAAGAGCAGAAUAUCUAGAAAUAAAGUAUCUUAAUUUGAAAGCAAAUAAAUUUGGCGUUCAAGCAUCGAAAAAUGUGGCAACGUAUUUAUUAAAAAAUAAACAUAUAGUUGCUUUGAAUGUUGCCGAGGUAGACCAGUCUGCCAGCAGUUUAAUAUAUUUUGUAAUGGGUUUGAGUUCAGAACAAGAAAUUUCUAAUAAUACUUUAAGAGACUUGGAUAUCAGUAGACCUAAUCCAGGAUUCAUGUAUUACUUUGAUUCCGUUCAUUUUGCCGAUGUUAUUGGUCAUAUGCUCAAAAACAAUACCUGUCUGAGGGCAUUGCAUCUGCAGAAAUACAACUUCAGUUGUCAUGAUAUUGAAAACAUGAUGUCCAAUGCAAAGUACAAUAAUACAUUGUACUUGCUAGAUUUGGGCAAUAAUAAUAUAGGCGAUCACGGAGUUGAACAUAUUACCAGCUGGUUGAUAAAACGACCGGCUUUGAAGACACUCAUCUUAUGUAGGAAUAUUAUAACGGACCAUGGUGCAAGAAGUUUAAGCUUCACCCUUCCAUUUUCAAAAAUUCUGGUCCUUGAUAUCUCUUACAAUAAAAUGACCGAUAAUGGCAUAGUAGAUAUCUUAAAUACCUUGAAGAAGAGUCCUUUGUUGCGACAGUUACGAAUAUUUGGCAAUUGUAUAGGCCAUCCAGCUGCAAAAAUCAUCAAACGCAUGUUGAUGUUCCAAGUCCUAGAACAAGAGAACAUUGAUGUUAGACCAUACAGAGUCGAUCACAAGUGGUAUUUUGCAAGAUACGAAGGAAGUAGAUGCAAAAAGGAAUAUCAUGAUAUUCCAUAUGGUCUCCAUUUCAACGCGCCACGACCUCCGACUAAAAUAAAUCGUCCAAAUAUGAAAUAUUAUAAAUAUACAUACACAAAAACGACUGAACUUAAAGUGCAACAUUCGAUUAUAACUAUCAUUUCAAGAAUAUUAAGCAGACAACAUGUUCAAGAUUGUAAAUGUUGUUAUUGUAUAAAAUGUGAAGCUCCACAUUUUGAUGAGUUGUGCAGAGAUGCUAACCAUCCAGAAGAUUGCACUUGCUGCAAAUGCAAAGCAGAUAGUGAGAUUUCGAUAGAUAAAUCAAUCAUAGACAGACUCGUACCUGUUAUUGAUGUUAUGAAGAGUAUCUCGUAUAUUUUGAAACGAGUGAAUUGUGAAGUUCAAGAUAAGAUUGUGCGGUGGGUUAAUAUUAACGAAGACAUAUUGGAAGAGGACUUGGAAACUAUCGCUUGUAACAGAGAAGAUGUGAAAACUUCUUCCGAAGACACUGUUUUGUGUAACACCUCUUGGGUGCAGUUGAAUAUGCCUACUCUGCAAAAAUAUUUGCAACAAACUUCAUCAAAGAAUGUACUCAUUGUACCUAAAAACUAUCUUGUAUAUUCAAAUAGUGCUGAUGAAAUGUCUUCUCUACAGUAUUGUCCAAAUAAGAGUAUGUAAGUUUCCGGAGAGGUAAGGGCAGCAAAUUGUAUCUAUGGAUUCUUUUUAAAGUAUUUUUUUAUUAUAAACCAUUUCUAGUUACUUAUUUUUAUACCAGUACAAACUGAAGGUUUGUAAUAUAGAAAAAUAUAAAACAGAACGAACUUAUUGUAUUUUAUAUUAAUUCUCUAGUUUGUCUUUGACUUCUUCUCAAUUUCCUUUGUCUUCUCUUUAUUGCUUCUGGCAUUUCGACGUCCAUCUAUCAACAUAGCGCGACCGUCAUCCUGUUUGGUUUCCACUGUGUUCUCUGGUAACAGUUGGUUGGAUUCAAUUUGACGAGGUGCCUUAUUGCUCUGCAUAAGAUCAUCUGCCUCGGAGAAGGUUGGAUUGUUCGAUGCGUUAUCCUGGUUUCCCAAAGAAUCUUCUACGAAUUGGUAACCAGCCUGGUGCAUGGAAUUAGCAUCCCGGAAAGUUUGAGGAAAAGCAUUGAUGGUGACUCCUUUUGUUGCGUACGCAUUGUCGACCAGAUCCCUACUGGCAUAGGAACUAGGGAUACCACCUUCCGAUCCUUGGACGUACAUGUUUUGAUAGAUUGUUUGUUGGCUGAGCUCUGGACGAACAUGAAUAUGAUGAGGGUACUUCACUUUAAUGUGAUUGUGGGUUCUUGCUUGAGGGCCCACCUUUACGUCCACGUUAUCCUGUGAACAAUUAACAUCGUUAAUCAAUCAUCUUGCUAAGGCAUGAUCAAUGGAGGCCUUGCAUAUGUUGAAGAGUACGCGAUAGGAAGCAUCUUCAUUGCCAUUGGUUCAAUUCCAGACUCACUGAACAUAGCUAAAUUUUGCUGACAAGAACAUGGAUUGAGGAAACCGUGCAUAGGAUUGGUGCAGGGUACCAUUGAUGGAACUUGAACAUAGGUAGCCAUUUGUGGCUGUUCAGGUUCAGAUACCAACAUCAAAUGCUCGUGGCAAGUAGGAGCAACUGGUAAGACCGUCAAUGUUUCCUGAGGCUCAGGUAGAGGCUCUGGAAUUUGCUCGAUACGCAUAGGUUUCUGUUCUUCGCCGGUUGGCUUAGGUUUAGGCUUUGGCUUUUGAAUAGUUUUAAUUACUUUUGUCUGAGGAACUGAUUGAAUGAUGUUCACUGCUGGUGCUGGUGCUGGAGCACAAGGUUGUGGAGGAGACUGUACUAUCUGAAGGGUAUGUAUAGGAGGUUGAACCAUUUGUUGAGGCAUCAUUACACUUGCCUGAGGUAAAGUUUGAGCAACAGGUUGAAGGUUUAGAGUUUGGAUCGGUUGAGACUGAGUAUGCAAAGCCAUUGGGAUAUUCUGAACACCCAUUUGAUUUUCUUUCCAAGAAACUUGGGCUGGUUGAGAUGCUUCUGAUCCUAUUUGUACGCAGAAUGUUGAUUUCUUCGAUCUAUCUUUAUCCUCACCAGCUUCCUCGAUUUUCAGGUCCGCCUUUUUGGAUUCUGCCUUCACAUCUUCAGCCAGUGACUUCUUCUCAAUGGUCUUAGGAGCUGGACCAGCUUCGAUCAGCGCGACACACAGGAAUAGACACAAGAAACACGCGUUGAGAUGCAUGGUUGAUAAUUGCAUCGACUUGAAGACUUCUGAAAUUUGACUGACGACUGAUCGAUUGGAUUUCGUUUUUAUAGGCAUUCCGUGACACAGAAAUUCUUUGUGCGAACCCAAUUUUGCAACCUGGUGCCUCACGCAAUGAAAUACACAUUGCUGACAAUACAGAUUUCACAAUUGCUAUGCAAGUUUCGUAUAUUCUUAUAUUAAUACAAGUAUUCCAAUAAAAGUUGACAGGAA